AUGUCUGGCCGAACUGGCAAGCCGGCCUAUUUUGAGGAAUUUGACGAGAGCUCGCAGGGAGUGGUACCCGACACCCGACAGUCGGCCACUUCCAAUACUGCUGCAAAAAUGACCAGGUUGGAUCACAGAUUCCAUGAGCCGCUCAUCGACGGCGCCAGUGACUCAGGUUAUUCUAGUCGUACUGCCGCCACUGCCAUCAGCUCCCAAUCUGAUCCGUCAGGCGGAAAAUACCCGGGCCCUCAUAAGCGAGACCUGCCCAAGCAGGCCGAUCUCGUCAGGACAAGCUCCCUUCGCAAAGACCGCAGGGAUCGGCCUCGAACAGCGCACGACGAGACGAUGCCAUACGGUCCCUACCAAGCUCCCGCUCCUCAUUAUGCUCCAGUGCCUCCCGCGUCAUCCAAAUCCCGCCGACGUGAACAACCCCAUCGAAGGCCGUACCAAGGGCUCUACUACGACGAGCAUUAUCAACCCGCAGCCCAGGUAGAUGGUCCAUCGGACUACCCUCACACCUACUUCCCACCUCCUCCCCUUCCACACUCGCGCCAACGCUACGCUUCAGAGGCCAUUGCCGAAUACCAAUCUUCAGGUAGACCCCGCUCGAUGUAUCAACGCUACUACAAUGAGCCAUCGCGGUCGGUGGGCUGGGCUCAGUAUAUACCCCACCCAUCGUAUGGCUACGAACACGCUCCUCCACCCUUCUCUGCGGCUUGGAAUCAUAUCUCGGAUCCAUAUGGGCCUCCUGGACCUUCGCAUCACUAUGCAGCGUCGGAUUAUGGCGCUCCUCCCCAGGAAUAUCCACGUGAGCGGUCGCAGUCCCAUGCCAGGGAACCGACCCGCCCGCGCCGUGGUUCAUACGCCCCAGUGGAAUCACCAGAUGUGUCCCCCGACGACUACUACGAUGAGGAUGACCCAGAGCAAUACUACCAAGAGAGGCCAGCUCCCCGUAGAGCAAAAGAUGACGAAUAUGACGAGGAUCGACGAGAAAUACCACCACCGCCCCCACCAGCUCCUUCCAAGCCCAGCAAGUCAGCUACAAAGGUCCACCAAGUGAAACGACCCGAUGCGCUCCGAAAGGCCCAAACAACCAGUGCCAUGCCUUCUCAGCGCCGGUCCUCCAGAGCGGCGGAUACUGGCAGGCCAUUGGAUAUGUCAGAUGUGCAAGAUGCAUUGCCCGAUUACAAAACUCGCCGUGUAUCACGAGAGCCUAGACCGGAACGAGUCAACAGUCUUCGGGAAAGUCGAAGAUCACAAUCGUACCACGAUGGCUCACGGGGUGCCCAGGUUGUUGUGGAGAACUCCGGACGGCGUCGCCAGCAGCAGCAAUAUCAUCCCGAAAGUCGAGCCAGUAUGGACCUAGAAUAUCGCGAGCGUAUGGUCGAAAACUAUCAGGCUUCCAGGAAUAAUCAUUCCACUGCUGUGACACCUCUGUCGAGUGAGACGUUCCUCACCAAGGGGGCCGGUUCCGGCAGUGACUUUGGUAGCCAGAAGAGUCGAUCUAACAGCAGCCGCGCCAGUGGUGGAACUUCCAAGGCCGAAAAGGACAUGAAAUUGAUGGUUGGAGGAGUUGCCAUGUCAUUCAUGGAAAGCGAGUUGCAGGGCAAGUCGAUCAGCAUUACCGCCGAUGAUACCGGUGACAUGCGAUUGGACAUUUCCAAAGGCCACGGUCGCCGUGCUCCUAAGAAGUACGUUCCAGGUUCUUCUUACUCUGAUUAUACAGACGUUGCAAGCCGCCGGGAAGAAGAUCCACGGCGUACUGUACGCCGCGAAGCCCGUUCUGAGCGAUCUAGUCACCGGUCCGCCGGGUCCCGUUAUGGACAGCGAUACAAUUAA